AUGUGCAACAAGGGAGGAGGAGGAGGACAAGACUGUGCACAGGACGGGAGCGAAGUGUGCCAGAGCGGCUCGUGCGUGUGCGCCGCAGGGUAUGGCUACACGGGUGACGAUUGCGUUGAGUGCGGGUUUCAAUUCUACAAGUCCUCCGCCGGUGAUGAAGCGUGCAGCGAGACAAUUCGGUGCGACAAGGGCGAACGGUGGUUCAAGCCAUCGAACACCGAGGACGCCACGUGUCCAGGCUGCCAAUCGGGCAAGUAUCAGGACAAGACUGGUCACCGCGACACGCAAUGCUACGACCCCUCCACGUGCGAGGCUGGGAAGUACGUGACGCAGGAGCCCAACACGAAACAGGACCGGGAGUGUGGCCUGUGCGAACCAGGCAAAUACACCGCCAUCGCCAACCAGCCAAGCUGCAGAAACUGUCCCGGUGGCAAAUACCAGAACGCCGAAGGGCAAUCAGGAUGCAAAGACCCGACCGUCUGCAUGCCUGGCGAGUACAUCAAAUCUGAUCGGACCCCUACCACGAACCGAUACUGCUUCAAAUGUGUGGCCGGCACAUACAUCGAGACAAGGCAGGCUUCAGAGUGCAAGACGUGCGACAGCGGGAAGUACCAAGACCGUGAUGGUCAAACAGAGUGCAAGAACUGGCGCACGUGUGGGCCGGGAAAGAAGUGGAAGGCUGGCUCAACUACCGAUGACGCAACAUGCCCAAACUGCGGGCCAGGCAAGUACCAAGACGAGACCGGCCACCAGGAAAAGUCGUGCAAAAAGUGCCCAGAAGGAGAGUUUCAACCUGGCAGUGGCGCCUCAAGCUGCGAGGCGUGGAUGACCUGCGGACAGGGGCAGAAAUGGACCAAAGGCUCCGCAACAGAGAACGCGGGAUGCUUGCCAUGCGGAUCACAGGAGUACCAAUCCAAGAUCGCCCACCAGGACAAGUCGUGUGACCCCUGGACAACGUGCAGCAGCGGCUACUACGUGACCGCCGACCCCACCUCCUCAUCCGACAGGACUUGCGACAAGUGUGAUGCCGGCACAUACGGCGACGCCAUGAACGCAGACAGCUGCAAAGGCUGUGGCACAGGCAAAUACCAAGAUGCCUCUGGCCAAACAGACUGCAAGGAGUGGAAAAUGUGCGGCCAGGGCGAGAAAUGGACAACGGGAUCAUCCACAGAGGAUGCAACGUGCUCGCCGUGCAGUACACUUCACUACCAGUCCAAGACUUCGCACCAGGACACCUCGUGUACCUCGUGGUCCACGUGUGGCCCGGGGUAUGAGGUGACCAUCGAACCGACAGCCAGCAACGACCGCUUGUGUGCAAUGUGCGAUUACGGGCACUACCAGGAUGGCACGAACCAGCAGGACUGCAAGCCGUGUGAUCCUGGCCAGCACCAAGACGAGCGCGGGCAAACAGAGUGCAAGGCAUGUGGUGCAGGCAAAUACCAGGGCAGCUCUGGCGAGAAAGACUGCAUCACAUACAGCACGUGUGAUGCAGGAACCAAGUUUGUCACUGGAACCACGACGGAGGACCGCACAUGUGUACUGUGUGAAGCAGGCAAGUUCCGUGCCGAUACCGGCCACAGGCUCUCGAAAUGCGAGGCGUGUGCCGACGACACGUUUCAAUCGGACGAAGGACAAAGCAGCUGCAUGGUGUGCAAUGAGUGCGAUCCUGGAUACGUUAUUGACCAGGAUUGCACACCAACAAGCGACCGCACAUGCAAAGACAUUGCAAAGCCCACCAUCGUGCUGCGGCGACCAGACAACAAUGAGGAAAUUCAAGACACAUAUGUGGUCGAGGCCACGUUUGCCUUUGAUCCCCCGAUCUUCACGGCGACAGACACGGCGGCUGGCACCGUGACGAAGACGCCACCACCCAACAUCGACGACAUUGACACGAGCACCGUGCGGUCUGACCAGAUGCUGACGUACAAGGCGACGGAUGCGAACAUGAACACGGCAACACGUGACAUCACCGUGGAAGUCGUGGACACGACAGGGCCCGCCAUCACAUUUGACCCUGCAGUGCUGCAGCUGGAGGCCGGGGAGGAGGUGAUGCGCAGCAACUUCACGGCCGGCGUUUCCAUCGUGGACCGCGUGGACGGAACACUGGGCAUCAACCUGCUGGAAUACGAUGCCAGCGACGUGAACGUGAACACGCUGGGCAUGUACGAGGUGGUGUACACGCUGUCUGCACCCGACUCGAACGACAACGAGGCGCCGCCCACCACACGCACAGCAGCCGUCGUCGACACCCUUCCCCCAGUCAUCACCAUUGGUUUUGGCGACCGCAACGUGUCGGAACACAACGUGGUUAUCCACGAGGCGGCAACAGAGUUUAUCUUCCCGAGCCAGUCUGCAUUUGAUACAUUCGACCCCGCUGUCAAUGGCGGUGACGUGCGACGCAACGAAGAGCCGACCUUCAGCUCGGUUGUGGACGACGGCACGCAGUUCACGUUCACGUACACGGCGACGGAUGCAUCGGACAACACGGCGAUGGUGGUGUAUGUGAUUGAGGUGCGGGACACGAUGGCGCCAACCAUCACCAUCAGCGGCGAGCACAACAUCACGCACGAGGCCGGGACGGAAUAUGUCGAUGCAGGAGCAACAGCAACGGACCUGCUCGAGGAUGCGAUUGGGCGCGGGGUGGAGGUGGUGGUCACCAACAACGUGUUGAGCAAGCCGCCGUCUGUGCCCGCGGUGUUCACGGUGGAGUACGACGCGUGCGACAAGGCCGGCAACUGCGACGCCAUCAACCGCACCGUGCACGUGCUGGACCGCACGGCCCCGAGCAUCGAGCUCAUUGGCGACGCGCUGCUGGUGGUGGAGGCCGGCAGCAACUUCACCGACAUCGACCCUGGCGUGACGCUGGCUGAUCUGUACUACGACAACGCCGACCUGACGCUGGUGAUUGACGAUGGCGGGUACGAGGCGGCGCCAACCGCCACCCCGGUCUCCUUCAACGUCACAUACACGGUGACAGACCCGUCCCGCAACACGGCCAGCGUCACGCGCACCAUCACCAUCAUCGACACAACGCCGCCAGACCUGCGUGUCAACGGGAACCUGAGCGUGACGGUUGGCGACGGCGUGACGUGGGUUGAGCCGGGCAUUGCACGUGCAUACGACAUUGUUGACCGCGAUGUGCGAUCGCGUGUGGUGGCGACGACGCAGCUUGAGGAGGCCGGCGUUGUUGUUCCCACCAUGUGUGCGUACUCGUCUGCGCGCGCGUUUGUGCCGCCGCUGUCGCCGCGCGUGUGGUCUUCACCUCGAAUGGACGCGGUGGAGUCGAGGGCGCCGAGCGGCACCGUGUACCGCAUCAACUACACGGUGGCGGACGCAGCGAGCAACGUGGCGUUUGUGGAGCGCGUGGUGCAGGUUGCAGACCCGACGCCACCCUCGCUGCAGCUGCUUGGGGACCGGGUGCAGGCGCUGGAGUACGGCCCAGAUGCGGCGUUUGUUGAGGCGGACGGCGGCGCAGUCUCUGCCGACACGCACGACGGCGACCUGAGCGGGGACGUGUGCGUUGGCGUGAGCAUUGUGACGCGCGACGCGAGCGGCGUUGUUGCGCCAGGCGAUGUUCGCAGUAUUGGCGAAGCUGCCAUCACCUACGUCCUCUCGCUUGCUCGCAACGCAUCCACAACAACAGCACCACCUCCCACCACUUCCACCGCUUCCACAACUACGAUGAACGCAGACACAAGCAACAGCAACAGCAGCAGCAGCACAGCGACAACGACCACUGCAGCUGGGACGACAGCUGCGGAUAUGUUUGGGCUGGACGCUGCUGUGGCGUCGGCGGAGGUGGGCACGGUGUAUGUGCUGCAGUACAGCGUGCACGACCGGGCGGGCAACGCCGCUGUUGGUGUGCAGCGGGCGGUGGUGGUGGUGGACACGACGCCGCCCGAGGUGACGCUGUAUGGCGCGGAGGAGGUGCACGUGCCGUAUGCGACACGGUAUGUGGAGGCCGGGUACAGCGCACAGGAUGUGCACGACGGCAACGUGACGUCGCAGGUGGUGGUGAGUGGGGCCGAUGCGAUUGACGUGCACGUGGCGGGGACGUACGAGAUUGAGUACGCGGUGACGGAUGCGAACGGCAAUACGGGUGUCGCGGUGCGGACGGUGGUGGUUGAGGCGCUGAUGCGACCGGAGCGGGCGGACCAGGUGGUGGAGCUGGUGCUUGCAGGCACGGCGGAGUCCAUCUUUGGCGGCGACGUGCAGCAGCUGGAGCGCGACCUGGAGGAGGCGCUGAAUGUGGACUUUGUGGUGGUGUUUCUCGUCUACGACAAAGCCCUCGGUCGCCCCACCACCGACAUCAACACAGUCCCACAGCAACAACAAGGGAGGAAGAGAAGGAGAAGCAGCGGUGGCAGCAGCCGUGACAGCGACAACAACGACAACAACUACAGCCACAACGACAACGCUGGGAUCCGUGGACGGCGUGGGCUGUUGGCGCAGCCAUCGACGGUGGUCGAGUUUGGGGUUCGCAACGGCACCAGCUUGGAGUGGGUGCCUGCCGACAUCCUGCUUGCUCGGUUUGAAGGGCUCGAAACCCUGGCAGCGACUCGAAUCACGUCUGUUGCCAGCGCUGCCAAGCGCGGCGGUGGAAGCGAUGGUGGUGCUGUUGCAGGCGCCGUCGUUGGCGUGCUGUUAGUGCUGGUGGUGCUGGUCGCUGCCGUUGUUGUGUACAAGCGCCGGCCUGACCUGUUCAAGAGGAGCAGCGAGCCCAAGGACUCGUUCUCGGGCAAGAACACGCUGAGCAUGGCACCUGGCCCGUUUGAGUUCCGCAACGGCGAUGCAAUGGAAAUGACGGCUGGCACAGUGAUGAGCACAACAGCGGGCGCCGCCGCCGCCGCCUCUCGCAUGAACGGCGCUCGCAACCAGCUGUCCUCGGACGGGCACGUUGGCCAGCCCAACUUCUCUGACGAGUCAGACCACGACGACCCCUACAACAGCAGCAGCAGCAGCAGCGAUGACGAUGUUGGCGGCGAUGGCUACGGGAGCGACGACGACACGGGGCCUGCCGUGUCAGAGGUGCGGUUCGCAGCGGACACGGGUGAACUCAGGCUGCUGGCAUCGCGGCACAGCGGUGUGGAGCUGUACAGCGACCUGUGCUCUGCCAACGAAAGCAGCACGGACCCCAAUCCAAAGACAGCGCCACCGGCCGGUCUCGUGGAUGUCACGGAAACGCUGCGGGCAGGCGCGGCCACCACGGCCCAUGUGCCCGAGCUCAACCUGUAUGAGGAUGUGAGCGAGACUGCACCUGUGCCCCCGUCACCGGCGCCUGUGCUUCCGCCGCGUGUUGCGCCUGCAGUGACGGACGACACAGACAACAUGUACGACGUGCCCAAGAAGGAAGCUGUGAAGCCGAAGCACCCACCAGCGGGCGAGGCGUUGUAUGAGGACGUGGAGGCAACGGGCAAACCCGUGGCCAGUGCCCCGCCGCCAGCAACCGCAGUGGCGUCAGAGGUUGAUGACAUGUACGACGUGCCACGUCGUGAGCCACGCGUCAAGGCUGGUGCGACCACCACGACACAGGCGACACCUGCUGCUACGACUGCGGACGUGGAAGAUGACAACAUGUACGACGUUCCGAAAGCGCGCGCGACAUCUGGAACAGCUGCGUCGGCGGCAGCGCAGCAGCGGGCCGUGGACUUUGCACCAAGCCUGUACGAAGACGUGGACAGCCCCGUCAUGCAGAGCAAGCCCUUGGGCCACACCGCCGCCACCGCUUCCAGCACCACCGCUACGACGGCAACGGGUGGCAGUGCUGGAUCGGGAAGCGUGCGGAGACUGCCGCAGCCGCCGCGUGCUGCAACCGUUUCUUCAAUGCCGACGGAAGCGCCGUCAAGCGCAGGCACGCAGGUGUACGAGAACCUGAAAGGCGAACCCACCGGGCAGGAAGCCGGUGCCAACCUGUACUCCGUGCCGCAUGUGGCGCCUGCUUCCGGUUCAACUGCAUCUUCGUCGCCAUCAACGCUUGCACCGCCAUCAUCGGCAAAGUCGGCGACAACCACCCGCUCUGCAAGUGCGCGGCAGAGCAGGCCAAGCACGGACGGUGCUCAUGGUGUCGGGAAGGCGUCUGCAUCGACCAAGGAGCGUCGCACGCGCGCGCCCACAGCCACGAGCAAGCCCGACACCGUGAGACGCAGCAGCGGUAGCUCAGCGGCCGAGAUCAGGCGAUCGACGCUGCGGGCCGAGGACAUGGCCAGCGAGAUGGCGCAGAGUCCAGCAUACCUGAAUGCCGGUGCACAGGCUGGAUUUGUUGGGUUUAUGAACCGCAAGGAGGUGGAGGAGUUGCUGAGUGGGCGCGAGCAAGGCACGUACCUGUGGCGGCUGAGCAGGAACGCCCCGGGUGCCGUGCUUUCGGUUCACGGGCGCCACAUUGUGGAGCACCACGUGUUCACGCGAGACGCGUCGAGCGGUGCAAUUGUCAUGAACAUGAAGCCGCUGUCCACGACAUGCACGACCCUCGACGAUGUUGUUGCGCUGCUCGGGCGCAGCACGGAGCUCUCCACCGUGCUACUGAAAGAGCCCGCCGUGCCAGGUCUUUCCGAGGUCACGGCUUCCGAGGCAUAACACGCACACGCUGUGUUGUGCUGUGCUGUGUUGUGUUGUGUUGUGUGAAUCGUUUGAGGAUACAUACUGUUCGUUAUGUUGCGUUCCAUCACUUUACUUAACUGCCGUGUUUGGCUUUUUCAGUUAUGUGUGCCACGCGCCUUUGGCUCCAUUUUCCUUACGCCCAGUCCAUGUUCCGCGAUUUGUGGCGCGCUUGCCCCGUCUUGGUUACAUUUCUGUGCUGCUGCCAUCCCGGCCCUUAGUGUUUCUCGCUCCUGCUCAUUCCUUUGCACCUCUUCUGUUAUGUGCAGCUUCCGCCACAUGAUGUGCCUGUCAUGUUACUGCCCGAGCAACGCGCGAACCGUGUGUUACCGUCCUAUGCGUUUGUGUGCUUGCUUGACUUUUCGUUGGGUGUGAGAGCUGCUGCUGACUACAUACACUUCCUACAACUGGC